UAAUCUUAUAAUCUACGGAUUACUAUUCUGUCUUCCACACCGGUAUCCUCUCUGCCCACUGUUUUUCUCCGCAAAUCCGAAAGCUAUCUCCUUCCUUCUUUCUUCUUCCCGCAUAUUUCUCCAAAUUUUCUUUAGCUUUCAAUUCCUUUUUUUUUCCCAAUCCAACACAGUUUCAAUGUAUAUACCCAUAGAUUCACAAACCUUUUCGUUUUCCAUCAUUGUUUAUUUAUACUAAAUCAUCCUUUGGGAACCGCGGAUUCGCGCAUCUAGUUGUGGGCUAUCCUUUGAACCUUGUAUAGCCUAGAUCUAACUUCUACUGAUGCUUAAUUGAAAUUGACAGGCUGAAAACAAAUAAAAUUGCCUGGAAUUGUGGUAUUUGUGUGAAGGUGUAAAAAAUAUCGAUACUUUGGGUUUUAUUUCAGGUUUUCUAAUCUGGGUAUAUUUGGAAUUGGUGUAAAUUGAUAGGAAGAAUCAAUGUCUGUGAGGUUUCUUGGGUGGUUGGAUCAAAUGGUUGGAUUGAAGACGGUUAGUGUGAAUGUUGGGAUGCUCCAUUAUGUGCUGGAUCAUGUGUAUGGAGCAUUUGUGCACAGAACAAAUAUUAGCCCUCCCUUCUUUUCCAGAGGGUGGGGUGGCUCAAAGCUUGAGCUUAUAGAAAGAAUGGUAAAGCAGCUCUUCCCUGGUGUGGAAGGCCAGAACUGGCCCCCCACAUUGAUGCAGCCCAGUUGGAAAACAGUUUGGGAGUCCAAGUCUGCUUGUCUGAGAGAAGGGGUGUUUAAGACUCCCUGUGAUGAGCAGCUUCUUAGUGCCUUGCCUCAGGAGAGUCAUACUGGCAGGGUUGCCUUUCUUGUGCCCAAAUGUGUGCCUCCAGAUAGAAUGUCCUGUGUGGUACAUCUAGCAGGUACAGGAGAUCAUACAUUUGAGCGAAGAUUACGCCUAGGUGGACCGUUACUGAAAGAGAAUAUUGCAACAAUGGUCCUUGAGAGCCCUUUCUAUGGGAAAAGACGCCCAAUGUUGCAGCGUGGUGCAAAACUUUUGUGCGUGAGUGAUCUGCUGUUGCUAGGAAGAGUCACUAUAGAAGAGGCCCGUAGUCUAUUGCAUUGGCUAGACUAUGAGGCUGGAUUCGGGAAAAUGGGCGUCUGUGGUCUUAGUAUGGGCGGAGUACAUGCAGCUAUGGUCGGAUCCUUGCACCCUACACCUAUUGCUAUAUUCCCCUUUCUCUCUCCACAUUCAGCUGUAGUGGCAUUUUGUGAAGGGAUAUUAAAGUAUGGCACGGCCUGGGAAGCACUCAGAAAAGAUCUUGAUGUGCAGGAUAAUAGUGCCAUGACACUCGAGGAAGUAAGAGAACGGAUGCGGAAUGUGUUGUCUCUAACAGAUGUCACACGGUUUCCAAUCCCCAAGAAUCCAAGCUCUGUUAUAUUCGUAGCAGCUACAGACGAUGGAUAUAUCCCAAAACACUCUGUGUUGGAACUUCAAAAGGCGUGGCCUGGCUCAGAAGUGAGAUGGGUUACUGGAGGGCACGUCUCGUCCUUCCUGCUCCAUAAUGGUGAGUUCCGCAGGGCAAUAGUGGACGGGCUUAACCGGUUACCAUGGAAAGAAUCUUCUCCCGUAUGACCAUAACAAACUCGGUAAGAAGACACGUUUUCAUGUAAUGACUAGUUAACCCUUGUGUGUAUACUGGAUCAUGGCUGCUGAUACCUGAAACCACCUGAUAGAUGAUA